GCCGCCAUAAGCUAACCUGGAUUGUUUGCCAUAGCAGGCAGUAGAAUCACAUCUUUUUCUACUAUGAACAAUAAAAAACAAAAAACGUGACUUCACUUUAAAUCUACCAGCGCUGAUAUCUGUGACACAUUAAAGGAAACAGGGCCACACUGAACGGAUUCCCAGAGAUGUGAGCCUUGACAAGUAAAGAUGUCUUCUCACCAAGAGACAGUGCAAGUGCUGCAUAUCUGGGAGCUCGCCCUCCCUCUGCCAGCAGUGCUGAUCAUUACUGUGAGUUUUUACAUGGUCGUCCUGGGGAUUGGGCUGUGGAUCCGAUUCUGUCUCAAGGACCGUUGUUCUUCAGAGUGCGGUGACUGCUGUCCAAACAUUUCUAUAUGUGAGCAGUGCUUUAGACUGGCUGAAAUGUGUGACUGUCGCCUGCCAACCAUGCGCUCAUGUCUGACCAACUCAUGCCCUUCUCCUACUUGUGUCAAAUGGGACUGUGCCUGCACCUGUCAGCCUCCUGAGUGUGAGUCCUGCAACUGUCUCUGCUUUGAGAUCAGGAUCAAGUAGAAGACCGACUACAAGUACCUUUACGGUCUUUGAGUCCUUUUCGUUAGAGGCCUUUUGUGUGAUGACAGCGGAGCCUUCUUUGGUUUGUAGUACUGCAUCUACCAGAAGGAAAGUCCUACAUGCUCCUGUGUUUACACCAGAAUGAUCAAGCUGAAGCCCAGACCUGGUUUUACUGAUCUGGAGGUGCCUUUUGUUUUGUAUAUUUUGAGAAUGGUUCAAUAAGUUGAACCUUAAGGUUGAUAUUACUCAACAUUGUUCUCCCAGACAACAAAUCCAAUGAAAAAGACCCAAACCAGCAGUGUCUGAGUCUCUCAACACUUUCUGACUUCCCUCCUCUGUCUGUGGCUCUCGGCUCCGAGCCCAUUGGUUCAUACUGAAGAUGUAAAGCUGAAAAUCCACCGCACAAAUAUCUAGUUUCAUUUUUAAAGAAGGUCCAGUAAUUAGUAACAGCUGUAGUUCACUGUAGUUUUUAUCAAACAAACUGAAGGAAACGUUUGUUGGGGACUAUUUUCCUCGGUGGAUGAAUCCAUAUUUGGAUGUAUAGUGAGUGUUUCUUCAGGUGCGUGUUCGAGGAUCAGUUGAUUGCUGGUUUUGGUCUUUUCAUGGAAUUUGAAUCACUUGACUUUAAUGCUAGAAAAUGUUGUAAAUGUAAAAAUGAAUAAAGUCAUUUUAUGCUGUUUUUAUACACUGUUUUUUCAAAGAUUUAUUAAAUUCUAAAAUGUUU